AUGGACUGGGGCGCGCUGCUGAACACGGUCACCGCCGGGCAGCUGCGCAGCACCCUGGCGGAGGCGUCCAGCACCGGGCCGCCCAAGAACAUCAUCGGCGCCGUCGCCGGCGUCGGCGCCGCCGCGGCCGUCCUGGCCGCCGCCGGCGUCGCAUACUGGGCGCUGCGCCGCCGCCGCGCGGCCGCUGCGACCGCCGCGGCCGGCGGGGACGGCGGCGGCGGCGCCGGCGGGUUCGUCGACCCGCAGGGCAGCCCAGUGGCGAGCGGCAGCUCUGGCAGCGGGCUGUCUCGCAAGCGGAAGGGCUCCAAGAAGCGCAUCUGGAAGCGGAAGAUCAAGCGCGCGGAGCCCGGGGAGUACAAGCCGGACCUCAUGCGCGACUCGUUCACGGACUACCUCCACCGCCCCGCGUUCCAGGCGGGCGUGGCCAUCGCGACCGCCAACAUGGCGGCCGGCGGCCGCGAGUUCACCAACCCGCUGGCCAGCCUGCGCGACGAGGUGGGGGGUCGCCUGCUGCUCGAGCCCACGCUCGCGUUUGUGAGCGGCGCGCGGCCGCUGCCGCAGGGCGCCGCGGACGGCGGCAGCCUCAUUAACCUGGACAGCGGGGACGCUGACGAGGCGGACGCAGUCGGGCUCGUCAGCCGCCGGCGGCUGGAGGUGGCGCCGUCGGAGGUUGAGGUUGACGAGGAGCAGCCGCCGCCGCAGCAGGAGGACGCGCCGGGCCAGCUCGAGCCGCGGUUCUCGCACAACCCGUUCCAACCAGGGUACGGGUCCGUCGCCGGGAGCGUCGCGCGCGGUGGGCAGCCACACGGCGGGGCGGGCAGCUACGCGGGCAGCGCGUACGGCGGCCGCUCGCGGCUCGGGCGCAUCAACACGCGCGUGCGUGACGGCGCGUCGCGGUUCAGCGCGGCCGCGUCUGUGGCCGGCACGGAGGACGGGGUGGAGGAGAGCCAGGGCGGCACCCCCACCAGCUCCUGCUGCCACGACAGCGUGUGCACGUUCCGCAUCGCGCCGCCCGCGCCCGGCAGCGUCGCCGGCAGCGUCGCGGGCAGCGUCGCGGGCAGCAUGCGCGGCGGCGCGUCACGCGCGCGCCGCGCGGCGGCGGCAGCGCGCGCGAGGGAGCUGGCGAUUGCGCGGCAGCGGGACGGCGAGGAGGGCAGCGGGAACCUGUCGCUCAGCCGCACCAGCUGGGCAUCCCAAGACCUGCUGGUGUCGGUGCCCUCAUCCGCACCCAUCGAGCGCCACUGA